AUGCCACGUUCUACAAAGUCAUCUGGCUCGUACGAGUUGCACGAUCGCUCGAAGGAAGCCUCUUCCGUAGCACUGCCAUACGAAAUAUCCUCUUCGGAACAGGUUGGAAAGAUCGACAAGGCCGAUAAAAAUGCCUCGAAAACACAAGCCAGUCCUGGUGGCUGGGGAGAGGAUCUUGACGAGUCACAAUAUCCAUCUGGGCUUCAGUUUGCACUCAUUAUCUUCUCCCUAUUCAUUUCUGUCUUUAUUGUUGCCGUCAGUCAAACUGUUCUCGCCACGGCGAUCCCGACCAUUACAAGCGCGUUCAACAGUUUCGAUGACAUCGCAUGGUACAGCACAGGCGAGCAGAUCACGGCAGUCGCGAUGCAACUCCCGUUCGGCCGAGCAUAUACACUGGCAAAUAACAAGUGGACAUUUCUGGUAUCUGUCAUCAUCUAUCUUGCCGGCAGCGCGAUUUGCGGAUUUGCGCCUGUGUCCGUCGUUCUCAUCAUCGGAAGAGUCAUCCAGGGCGUGGGUAUGGCCGGUGUCUUCGGAGGCUCGUUCAUCGUCUUGGCUCGCGUGACUCCGCUCAGGAAGCGGAGCUUGUUCGCUGGUCUCUUUGGAGCGGCGUAUGCCAUUGCAAGUGUUAUUGGUCCAAUCAUGGGCGGUGCGAUGACUACUGGAGCCUCUUGGAGAUGGUGCUUCUGGUUCAACCUUCCCAUCGGUGCGGUGGUGAUUCCGACAAUCAUCUUCUGUCUGCCUGAUUCCUUGGGACGAACAUCUGCAACUCUAAAGGACAUGACAUGGAAAGAGAUAAUCAUGAAGUUCGAUCCGCUGGGGACUGGCUUGCUCCUAACUUCUCUUGUCUGCCUGAUGUUGGCCUUGCAGUGGGGCGGGGGUGAGUACGCUUGGAGUAAUGGUCGUGUUAUCGCCGUCUUGGUCGUUUUCGCGGUGACCAUCCUGCCUUGGAUGGUCCUACAAUACUUCCAAGGUGAUGAUGCUACCGUACCUCUGAGCAUUUUGAAGCAGCGAUCAGUCGCAGGCUCCAACCUGUACCUGCUCUUUUUGAACGGCGCUUUCGGUGUCUUCAUCUUUUUCCUUCCCGUCUGGUUUCAGUCUAUCAAUGGCGACAGCGCCCAGUCAUCUGGUUUCAAGCAAAUAGCGUUGUGCAUCAGCACUGCCGUUGCGUCGAUCGUCGCCGGCGGAAUGGUCGUCGCCCUGGGGUUUUACAACCCCUUCAUCAUUGUUGGUUCAAUGUUGGUUACAGCUGGAUCAGCCCUCUACAUGGUCAUCAAACCAGACGCUACUCUCGGGAUGGUGAUUGGCGCUCAGAUUCUCGUUGGUGCUGGUGUUGGAGUUGGUGCAGAGCAAGCAAACGUUGCCGUCCAGACUGUGUUACCGAGCGAAAAGAUUGCCAAGGGCACAAGUCUUACUCUCUUCACCAGAUUGCUAGGUGUAGCGUUAUCUGUACCGGUUGCUCAGAGCGUUAUCCAACAGGAGCUCGUGAAGGCGCUCGGCCCGUCUGUCGCUGGUGUUGUCUAUGGUGACGGUGGAGCUCCAGAUCUGCGCAUGAAGCUGCAAACGAUGUUUGGAGACAAUACUCCAGCAUUUCAGAACGCUCUAAAUGGGGUGAACUACGCCAUCACGAGAACGUUUAUGCUGGCUAUGAUAUUGGCUGCUAUUUCGUUCCCAUUCGGCCUUCUCGUGGAAUGGAAGAGUGUCAAAAAGGAGAAGAGAGCCGAGGAGGACCAGAAGGAAAGGGGAGGCAACCCAAAGGCCAACUAA